GCACGCAGUUCCGAGUUAGGAGCAAUGGAAGCUUACAAGCCCAAGCCCAUUCCCCCACUUUCGAGAGUUCCACCCUUCCCCCAUUCACCGCCGGCUACCAGCCGCCGCCGGGAACCCGAUCGCCGUUCGCCAUGGCGCUACGGAGAGCAGUCUCCCUCCUCCUGAGACAACGCCCGCGGACCACCAUCGUCCCGACCUUGGUGCCCAAAGCCCUAAACCCCCCGCUGCUCCCCUACCCACGCCGCCACUUCUCCCCGCGUCCGCCGCCGCCCCUCCCGGCUUCGGCCGCGGCCGUCGCGGACGCCGCAGAGGAGGCGUUCGAGGCGGCCUCCUCCACCAACGACCUCUUCGCCGCCUUCUCCCGCCUCGAGGCCGCGGUCCCGCCGUCCGACAAGCGCCUCGCGCUCGCCUGCCUCAAGCUCGGCCAGCACCUCGACUCCUCCGCAUCCGGUGACCCCUCCCGCGUCCUCAAGCUCGCCCUCCGCUCCGUCGGGAUCCUCGAGUCCGGCUCCAGGUCCUCCGACUCCGACGCCGUCUCGCUCGCCAUGGCGCUCCACCUCGCCGGCUCCGCUUCCCUUGACCUCACCCGCUUCCACGACGCGCUCUCCUUCCUCUCCCGCUCCCUCCGCCUCCUCUCCCCGCUCCUCCCUUCUAAAGUAGAAGAAGGCUCCUCCUCCGCCUCUGGGGACGACUCCCAAGGGUUCGACGUGAGGCCCGUGGCGCACGCGGUGCGGCUGCAGCUGGCCAACGUGAAGACGGCGCUGGGGAGGCGGGAGGAGGCGCUCGUGGACCUGAGGGCCAGCCUGGACCUCAAGGAGGCCAUCCUACCGCCGGGCAGCCGGGAGCUCGGUGCCGCGUACCGGGACCUGGCCGAGGCGCAUGCCGGCGUGCUCGACUUCAAGCAGGCGCUGCCGCUGUGCCAGAGGGCGAUGGAGCUACACGAGUCCACGCUGGGCAAGAACUCUGUGGAGCUCGCGCACGACAGGCGGCUGCUCGGCGUGAUAUACACCGGUCUGGAGCAGCACGAGCAGGCGCUGGAGCAGAAUGAGAUGUCGCGCAAGGUGAUGAAGAAUUGGGGCGUGGCUGACGCGGAGCUCCUGCAUGCCGAGAUCGAUGCGGCCAACAUCAAGAUUGCGUUGGGGAAGUUUGACGAGGCUGUAAGCGUGUUGAAAGAUGUCGCCAAGAAGGUGGAGAAGGAUAGCGAGGUGCGAGCUUUAGUUUUCAUAUCGAUGGCAAAGGCACUUGCCAACCAGGAGAAGGUCGGGGACACGAAGAGGUGCUUGGAGAUUGCUUGUGACAUUCUAGAGAAGAAGGAAUUGUCUGCACCCGACAUGGUGGCCGAAGGGUAUGUGGAGGUAUCCUCGCUAUACGAGAUGGUGAAUGAAUUUGACAAGGCAAUAUCUUUGAUGAAGAGGAGCUUGGGGAUGCUCGAGAGGAGCCCUCAGGCACAACACUUGGAGGGGAAUGUUGCCGCUAGGAUUGGGUGGCUAUUGCUUCUGACAGGGAAGGUGACUGAGGCCGUCCCAUAUUUGGAGGAUGCAGUGGAGAGGAUGAAAGAAAACUUUGGGCCGAAGCAUUAUGGGGUAGGGUAUGUGUAUAACAACCUCGGGGCCGCGUAUAUGGAGAUGGACCGUCCCCAGUCUGCUGCACAGAUGUUUGCACUCGCAAAAGAAGUCAUGGAUGUUUCCUUAGGGCCUCACCAUUCAGAUACAAUUGAGACCUGCCAGAGCCUCGCUAAUGCAUACAAUGCAAUGGAAAGCUAUGCCCUAGCUAUGGAGUUCCAAAAGCGAGUGGUUGAUUCAUGGCGAAGUCAUGGUCCCAGUGCUAGGGAUGAGCUCAAGGAAGCUGUUCGCCUCUAUGAGCAGAUCAAGAUGAAGGCUCUAGCAUUCCUAUCACCUGAGGAUUCAGCAAUUGCGUUGCCCGAACCUCGAGAGCAGGAAGUCAGUUCUGAUUCGGCCAAAGUUGCACAACAGUAAUUUCAAAUUUUCAUGCCUUGUACUCUUACUUUUUUUCUACUUCUAUCUCAUUUUGGUGUUCGGUGGUAGAAGAAACUUUGAGACUAUAAUGUAGCUACUUUAUGAUCCUGGCUGCCCAGUAAGUAGCAUUUUGUACCAUCUAGAAGCCUUAACAUUCUAUCAAAAGUAGUCAAAACUUUAGUACAUACAUCAUGACAAAGAGUAGGAACUCCAUGGAACUAUUUACUGUGGGUUAUCAUUCUACAUAAAGCAGUACAAAGAUCUUUGGUUAA